UGUUAGAAAGACAAAUUAACCGCCUGUCUCCUUGAUUAGUAGAUUAUUAAGAAACAAAGUUAAACCAGUUUUAUUGUUGUUUAAUUUCAAUUAACUUGGAAAUCAAGUUUCCUUUUAAUUGUUGUGAAAACUUUAAUUGUUCAGAAAUAAACAUUAGCUUGUUUAUUAACCUUUCUACUUCUAAUGAUACUAAUCAUUCAACUCUAAAUGAAUGUGAGUACUUUUUGUUUACCAUCAGUUGCUAAUCAAUAACAACAAUCUACUAACCCAAACAAACAACAACCUUAAUUGUUUAGUUACCUGUAAACAUUAUUGUCUUCCUAUCAUAUUUGUCAUCAUAAUCAUAAUCAUCGUCUUCCGGUGUAAUUCAAAUGGAAGCCAAUACUGAGAUUCGUCAUCUUCGUCCUUGUGAUCGUCGUUGUUUAAUUGAAAUGUUAGAUUCUGGUGAUCAUUGGAAACAAUUAGCUUCCAUUUUACCGAAACCCGAUUGUAAUGAAGGCUAUUUAAUUACUAGUAAGAUGAUCCAAUUGUUGGAAAAUCACAAGAAUCAAAUUAACGGAUCUCCAACUCGAGCUCUUCUUGAUUAUUGGGGUACAUAUGGACGAAAACGAGCAACAAUUAAGGAUCUAAUUGAUAAUUUAAUUACUUGUAAAUUAUAUCAAGCAGCUGAUUACGUUUCAAUUAAACUUUUGAAUGAAGGUCCAGUGAUUAGAGACUCUGAUAAGUUAGAUGACCAAACAAUUAACAAAAACGGUAAACAAUUAAACGACAAAGUUCAAACAGAUUGUGGAAAUGAAUCAAAUCUGAAACAAUUAACUUCCAAUCAAGUUAAUCAACUCGAUGUUGUUCAAUCAACUGACGUAACAUCAUUUAGUCUUGAUGACAAUUCACUUAAUUGUCAAGUUAAAUUAAUGUUGGAACGAGAUUCAGGAAUUAAAAAAUAUUCUUACAAUCAACUUAACCAAAGUACCAACAAUUUCAAUUCAUUGCCAUUAAAUGAAGGUGGAUACAAAUUGGGUGAAGGUGCUUAUGGUAUUGUUUAUUUGGGCCGAGACAAUUGCUUGGGAAAACCGAUCGCAAUUAAAUGUGUUCGAGAUGAAUAUGGUAAACAAUUUAUUCGUGAAUUAGAUGUUCUAACUCGAUUUAGUCACGAAAAUCUAUUAGCUUUACUUGGGAUCGCUUGUGAUGGUAACAAUUUAUGCCUCGUUUAUGAAUAUAUGGUCAAUGGGUCACUUGGCGAUCGAUUGAUUUGUCUAAAUAAUACCGAACCGAUUCCCUGGACAAUUAGGAAACAAAUCGCAAUUGGAUCGGCUCGUGGUCUUAAUCAUCUUCACGCCAAUUCAUUUAUCCAUCGAGAUAUAAAAAGUGCUAAUAUUUUAUUAGAUUACAAUUGGAAUCCAAAGAUUGGUGAUUUUGGAUUGUCUCGAUUUAAUUAUUCAUCAUCUUCUUCAACACAAUCAACUUCCUUUUCAACCAAUUUCACCUCCACAAUCAUUGGCACAUCGAUUUACAUGGCACCGGAAUCAUUUCGAGGACAAUUAACUACGAAAAUGGACAUUUACUCGUUUGGUAUUGUCUUGUUAGAACUUGUAACGGGAUUAAGUCCAUUCGACGAGAAUCGUGAAGGAGGUGAUAUCCUUUCAUGGUCACAAUCAGUGAUCGAUAUUGAUUCUAAUGAUGAUUUAACAGUUGAUUUGGUUGAAUCAAUUAUUGAUCCUAAGGCUGGUCAAUGGGAUCUCAAUGUUGCAAUGUCCAUUAUUAAAUUGUCUCGACAAUCAACUGAAUAUGAUAAAAAAGACAGACCAACUAUUGAAUUGAUUUUAAAUCAUCUCAAUCAAUUGUGAUUAUCAAUAGAAAGUCAAUUUUUUAUAUUUUAAACUUGAUUAACUAAUUAAAUGUUUCUUUGAUCACCACAAGAGGACAUACCAACAACAUUUAACAAAUUGUGUGUUGAUAUAGAGGAAGUUGAUUGUUGCAAAUGAUUUAAUCAAUCUCGUUUUAAUUGAUCAAGUGACUUGACAGUAAUUCACAAAAUUAAUGAUUUCUAUUGAAAUUUUCAUCAAUCAAAUUUUUCGUUUCAAUAAAUUGUUUCAAUUA